AUGGACGGCAGUGGACGAAGACUCAAACUGAUGAAACGAGCACGCAAAGCAUGCACCGAGUGCCGGCAGCAGAAGGCAAAAUGUGAUGCAUACCUCAACCAGGAUGGGCCAUGCACGCGGUGUGGGAAAAUGAAGAUACAAUGCGUGAUUAGCGAUCCUUUCAAAAGAGAGCACAAGCGAAAACGCCUUUCGGAGCUAGAGAAAGAGACCGAGGCACUGAAACAACAGCUUGGCAAUACAAGGGGCUCUGCAGAACUUACGAGUCCACGCACACAGACUUUCAGUAGUGGAGCGAGUGCAUCUCCGUUGGGACCUCCGACAUUCCAACCUCCUGUGGCAAACCAGGUUUCACUAGACUACAACAGCGGACCUUUGCAUACCAACAGGUACCCGAUACAUACUCCGGUGCACACACCGGAUCAAUUAGCCAGAGGUACGUACGAUCAGACUCUCGAUGGAACCAAAGUUUCGGGCAAUACACUUGACGAAAUAUUCAUGAUGUAUUUUGACCAUUAUCAUCGAUUUCUGAAAAUUCUCGAUCCAUCCGUACCGCCGAAUGCCUACUUCAUGGAGUCACCUCUGCUUUUUUGGGCAGUCAUCGGCACUGCAUGCAGGACAUAUACGAAAGAUCUUUCUCUGCUCUACUCCCUGGCACCAAAAGUUGUCAGUCUCGCUUUGACAACGCUGCAGAAGCAGCCGACAAUACAGACCGUCAAAGCCUUACUGCUCCUCCUGACUUGGCCUUUUCCGAAGGGCGUGUAUGAUUCAGACGUAGCGUAUCCUAUGGCGGGAGCAUUGCUUCAUAUUGCAAUGCAGAUUGGGCUGCAUAUUCCAGCUUCGUCUCAAGACUUUUCGAGGGUCAAGCUUAGGCUCACUGAAGCCGAAGUGGAUGACCGUUGUGGGAUCUGGGCUCGUGUGGUCAUUGUGUAUCAUCGAUGUGCAGCCUUUGUAGGUCAAAAUCCCAUGACCAUUCUAGACAAAAGUCACGACCCUGAGCAGGUCUCCCAUCUAACAGCGAGACUGUCUCCAAGUCUAAACUACGGGCUGACACUCCAUCGAAUUGAGGCGAGAUGUUGUGACGCUCUCCUUGAAAAUGGAUUGCGAAAGCUACCACCCGAAAGAGAGCUCACACUAGAUAUCCUGCUCCGAGUUUUCGAGGGCCAGCUACACGACGUCGAGCACCAAGCACCCACGGAAUUGACUCGAGUGAAUUGGGCCAUCUCUCGACUCACAAUUCUCGUAUUUCAUUUCUACAAAGAGCCCAACGUCAAGGAAGCACCGGCGUUCACGCGUAUCUACAACAGUGCUUGCCAGGUCAUUGAGCUGAUCAACGGCAUGGACAAGAACAACCCCGGAACGUUGGCAUAUGCACCUCGACAUCUCACCUUUGGGAUCCUAUUGGCUGCAACGUCAAUUUUGCGAUUACUGAAAAGUUGGUUUGCAAGGUACUUGGAUGUUGACGUCGCCAGACAGAAGCUAUUCUUCAGCCUCGACAUGGCCAAGCUGCUCUCUCACGGGAACAAGGACGCCCAGACAAAGCUCAUUCCCGUUGUCACACAACUCUGGAGUAGCGAUAAGGCGUUUAAGAAGCCAGACGGGUCUGAGUUCUCCGCUCUGCGUAUCAGAAGUCGACUGAUCAUGAGUCCGAUCGCUGACACGCUGUGGUGGUGGAGAGAGGAGUUUGGCGGUCAGGCUGGGGCGUAUCCACUCACUAAUGAAGACGAAUGUAAGAAGAAUGCACCGAUUCAAUGCACAUCUGGCAACGCAAUACCUACCGCCGAUACGGGCUCCACUCUACUCGAAGCUAAUCCAGCUUUGACCACUUUCGACUGGAUGCAACCAUACUACUUCAUGGACGACCAACUACUAGCGGAGUUUGGUUUCAACCUCGACAACCCCAGUGCAGGAGUAUCGUCUAUGGACAACUCAUACGGCGCCUGGCCUGCAACUCCCGCUCUGAACGGAUAUAACAUGAACACAGCAGGCUGA